GCUCGCUCUGCCCCUAGUGAGUGCGCGCCGAACAACCUUGAUACGCGCAUGCGUAGACCAAGAGCAUUUCCCAGUGUUUUUGUGUGUUGAAUUCCCGCCAAUUCUGCUUGUGCUCCUGUCCUGAUCGAAAAGAAAAAAUGGAAGGAUUCGAUGAUGCCGGCGUGUUUUACUCAGACGAUCUCCGAGACAUGCAAAACGAUGGUGCGAGCCAAACCCGACAGGCAGUCAAGCAAAAGCUGAAAGAGUUUCUCAGAAUGUACCACGACGGAAACUUUCACUACAAAUACAGAGAUACCCUGAAAAGAAACUACAAUAUCGGACAAUAUUACUUGGAGGUAAACUUGGAAGACCUGGCAAGCUUUAACGACACCCUGGCUGAUAAGUUUUACAAAGAACCAGCCGAACACCAUCCGCUUUUUGAAGAGGCUGCUAAAGAGGUGGCCGGAGAAAUUACCGCUCCUCGUCCGGAAGGUGAGGAGGAAGUUCAGGAUAUCCAAAUAAUUGUCCAGUCCGACGCCAACGUCACCUCCCUGCGUGGUCUGCACUCGGAAAGCGUGUCCCGCAUGAUCAAAAUCCCUGGCAUUGUGAUCGCCACCUCUGGUAUCAGGGCCAAAGCUACAAAAAUGUCCAUCCAAUGUCGGGGCUGCCAAAACGUCAUUCCCAACCUAAUGGUGAAACCCGGCCUCGAAGGCUACAUCCUGCCCAGAAAAUGCAACCAGGAACAAGCUGGCCCCACCAAGUGUCCGUUGGAUCCGUUUUUCAUCUGUCCUGACAAUUGUGUCUGCGUUGAUUACCAAAUCAUUAAGCUGCAGGAGCUCUCAGACUCUGUACCUCAAGGAGAAGUUGCCAGACAUAUGAAACUUUAUUGCGAAAAGUACUUGUGUGACAAAGUUGUUCCUGGAAACCGUGUCAUCGUCACGGGCAUUUUCUGCAUCAAGAAGGUCAACCUGGGCAGCAAGGUGAGAGGAGAAAAACAAACUGUGGGAGUUCGAGCUCCUUACAUCCGAGUUUUGGGCAUCAGCUCUGACUCUUACGACGCCGGAGUAAGUUCCUCUGGUCCGCCACUCACUGCCGAGGAGGAAGAGUCCUUCCGUCGUCUUGCUGCUUCGCCCGACGUUCACGACAGAAUUGCCAAGAGCAUUGCACCCAGCAUUUUUGGAGCCGAGGACAUGAAGAAAGCCAUUGCCUGUCUUUUGUUUGGCGGGUCAAGAAAGCGAAUGCCUGACGGUCUGACUAGGAGAGGUGACAUCAACGUCCUGCUCCUUGGUGACCCCGGCACUGCCAAGUCUCAGUUGCUCAAGUUUGCUGAAAAGGUCUCUCCCAUUGGUGUCUACACCUCAGGAAAAGGAUCUUCGGCCGCUGGUCUUACAGCCUCGGUCAACAGAGACCCUCAAACUCGCAAUUUUGUGAUGGAAGGAGGUGCCAUGGUUUUGGCCGACGGCGGUGUCGUCUGCAUCGACGAGUUUGACAAAAUGAAGGAAGACGACCGAGUGGCCAUUCACGAAGCCAUGGAGCAGCAGACCAUUUCCAUCGCCAAGGCUGGUAUUACGACCACCCUGAAUUCGAGGUGCUCCGUUCUGGCUGCAGCGAACUCAAUUUACGGCCGUUGGGAUGAGACGAAGGGAGAGGAGAACAUUGACUUCAUGCCCACAAUUUUGUCUCGAUUUGACAUGAUCUUUAUUGUCAAGGACGAGCACAGUCAACAGAGGGACAUGACUUUGGCCAAGCACGUCAUGGGUGUCCACAUGAAUGCUAGAAAUGUUGACGAGGAGACAGCGGAAGGAGAAAUGUCUUUGAACUUCAUAAAAAAGUACAUCAGUUACUGCCGUUCGCAUUGUGGCCCUCGUCUCUCCGAAGCUGCUGGCAACAAGUUGAAAAACCGAUAUGUUGUGAUGAGGAAUGGUACCAAAGAACAUGAAAGGGAAACGGAAAAGAGAAUGAGCAUCCCUAUCACUGUCAGACAACUUGAAGCCAUCAUUCGUAUUUCCGAAUCUUUGGCCAAGAUGCAACUUCUGCCUUUUGCUACCGAAACUCAUGUCGUCGAGGCACUGAGACUCUUCCAGGUCUCGACAUUAAACGCUGCCAUGUCAGGAAGUUUGGCUGGUGCGGAAGGUUUCACCACUCAGGAGGAUCACGAGACUAUUGUGAUGAUUGAACAGCAGCUCAAAAAGCGCUUCCCUAUCGGCUGUCAGGUUUCUGAGGCCAACGUAAUUUCCGAUUUCUCGAGGCAAAAGUACCCUGAGAGGUCCAUUUACAAGGUGAUCCACACCAUGAUUAGACGAGGGGAGCUGCAGUACCGUCUUCAACGCAAGAUGCUCUACAGAGUAAAGUGAAGACUCGAAUAAGACGAUGUCAAGUCUAAUUUAUAUUGCUCCUUAUUGUAAUAACGGGAAUAAAUAAUUUUGGAUUAAUAAUACAAAUUAUACCA